GGUAGUGGUAGUUUGGUGGUGGUGGUGGUUUGCUGGUGGUGGUAGUUUUGGUGGUGGUAGUGGUGGUAGUUUGGUGCUGGUGAUGGUAGUUUGCUGGUGGUGGUAGUUUGGCGCUGUGGUGGUAGUUUCGGCCGGGGAAUUUCCCCGUGCUAUUCUGGGCGGCGGCAGCGGCAGCAGCACCACCCCGACCCACCCCCAGCCACGCGCGGCCGGGAAUACCCCGGGCCGGGAGGGGAGGGGAGGAGGCCUCACGCCGCCUUCACUCGCGUCCACAGCUCCCUCCACGACUGCCAACAACAGCAGCAGACAACAGCAACAGCAGCGACGACCACCACUGAUCUACCCGUCAGCUGAGCCCCCACAGCGAAGGGAAGAGAGAGAGAGAGCGAGUGGACAAGGACGACACCGUCGAGAGGUGGACGACUCCGUGACCACCACCCCGGGCCCUGCGUGCAGAGGGCCCAGCCAGGAGGGCCACGCAGAGGGCCCAGCCAGGAGGGCCCAGCCAGGAGGGCCACGCAGAGGGCCACGGCCGCCCGGCUAAGACGACUGUCGGUCAAUCAUCCAGCCAGACAACAACCCGGGACGUUGACGUGGACUGUGCAAUGACGGAGUUCAACAGUGAGGCGUACGUUGGAGUGACAACGGAGAUGGAUUUCCGGGCACGACACAGAUCUGGCGAGGUUGACUGUGGACCACAGGAACAUUCAGAAACGGAAUUGUUCACUCAGCAGCCAGGUGCAGCUUCUCACCUGGCCCAGGGAAAGCCCUUUGGAGAUGUUGUGAAUCACUGCAACCACAAAGAAAGCAUGGACAAGGUGGUGAACGAUGUCAAUCUCAACAAGGCAUACCAGGCAUACAGCGUGGCCUGCAGAGAGAGAGAUUGCUACAAGGAACAACUGGAGAAAACGAAAAAGGAUUUUCAUUUGUACAAGCAAGAGGCUGGGAGGCUACAGGCACAGCUGAAUGCCAAACAGGAGUUCGGUAAACAAUUGAAGCAUCGUGCUGAAGAGGGUAAUAACACAGUCCAUUAUGCUGAGGACAGGCCAUAUGAGCAGGUGUAUGAUGUCGUAUCGACAGAAGUCUCACAAAGAAAGACACGGCCAGUUCAAGAGAGGUUUAUGUCGAAAUGUUCCUCUCCAGGUGAACGGAGUGAGCUGGAGGUUGCCUACCAGGAUCUGCAGGAGGAGUUUAAAAAGCUGCACAUGGUGGUACGGAAACAGUCCAACCUGCUCAGGGCAUUUCUGAGGCCAAAAUCUCCAUUGACUUACCCUGAAUCCAUACCUAUACAGUGCACGGACAUGGAAGACUCGAUCCAGGUCACUGCCCAUACAAGGCUACCCCGCCAAAUGGCUGAAGGCCUGGCAGCUGUUGUUAAUUCACAGGAUGUUACGGAUCACCGUAAACAAACACUUGCAUCAUUUGGAAGCAGAAAAGGUACUUCGCCCAACAGAGGUCACGAACAAGUGCCAACCGAAUCUAACAUGGAAUGCAGAACCCCUCUGGCUGUGCUUGCUGCAGUACCACAAGCUGAUGACAGCUUGCUAAUGACUGUGGAGUCCCUGUCAACGCUUGGACUCAAACGUCCUCCUGCUGACAUGGAGUACCUAGAGAACCUCAUCAGCGAGGAUGAUGAUCUGACCGGCCGCCGGGGGGAAGGACGUGCUCAUGAGGUGGGCAACUUUGCCUUAGGGGAACACCACUUAAUCACGUCCAUGGAACCUCCGACUGAUUCUCCUGCAGCAGCAGCAGCAGGGGUAGUGCCAGGUGUAGCACACAAUUUGGGUGCGUCUCCUGUGAAUGCUUUUCCAGGCUGCAAUGUCCCAAAAGAUGACAAUAAUCUGCGUAAGGUUCUACAUUGUAAUGAGCUGGAAGAGAUGCGUCUGAAUUCCCAAUCAAGUGACGGAUCACAGUUUUUCUUCCCUUCUCAACAGCUCAUGGGCAGCGAUUUUUUAUACACGCCUCCUGAUGAUAAUCUGAGAUGAUGCAGCUUUUAAAGCUACUCUCAGACAUACAAACCAGAAAUAACAUUGUAAGUGGAAAUAAUUGCUUCAAAACAAGAAUCGGCAUAUAAAGUGCCUUUAACCAAGCCUCAAAAUUUUUGUUUUUAUUUUUUAUUAAGAGAGUGUAUUUUUUAAAGUUUACUCUGCCAUCACCAUCCUUGCUCCAUCGAAACACGAUUUCCAAGAUGCCAGUACAGGAGAACCAAAUGGAGUGAAUGCAUGUGAAGAAGAAGCAGCUUGAUUGAGAGCAAGAUGCCAGAGUGCAUUAUUCGGGCAUUUGCAUUUGAUGUAUAACCUAAAGUAAUUGAUGCAGAUUUAAAGCUUUCGUGACUGCAGGGAUUCAUCUUCUUGGUUCUUUCGGUAAAGUCACGUUUCGGCCACAACGCAAGCAGCCGUCCUCUAUUACUGCUAACCCUACUCCCUCCCUUUGAUGCUGCUAAUCCUGCAUACUGCAUAAUGCACGGGCAUAAUAUGACUUUGAACCCCCCUCCCCAACCUCCUACGCAUUCCACAAGUAGUGACUAAUCCCAUAUCUGCAUUUACCAUAAAUAUGCUAAAUUCCUCUUGAUAUGCAAAUUCCUUUGUCAAGGCGCCCCUUCCCCCCUCCAACCCAGCUUAAAUAUACGCUGCCAAGCCUGGUGGUGCCCAUUCAGACGCUGUCUUUCCGACAGACCUGUUCUUCACCUGAGGACGGCUGCUUGCGUUGUGGCCGAAACGUCGUGAGAAUUAUUUGAUGUUUCAUUUUAAUUAUUUUAUUAUUUCCCUUCUACGUGACUUUACCGAAAGAACCAAGAAGAUAAUUGAUGCAGGUUAAAUCCGUUUACAACCAUUACUACCAAGAUCAUUGAUUAUCUUUAAAAAUUGUAUACGCUGCAAGAAAAAUAUAUAUGGUAUGUGUAGGCCACAUUCUUAAAAUUGUGAUAUAAUCAAGAUCAAGAUGUCAUCAUGGCCAAUGCCUAUGUAAUGCCACCACAGCUCACCAACUCUUUCUACCCUCCGCCAGAUCCCACAGCUGCUACAGAGUAGGCACAGAACUUCCACCACCAUCUGGUCUUUGGGGUUUCUUCCUACUCGUAGCCAGAUUUGUAGAGACCACUCUUAAUUGCCUGUCUUGGUAAACGGCCCUCCUGCAUUUUACACGCGUGUCCCUCUCAGUACUCUCAUUUCUGCAUAAUCAUAUCCAAAACACCUUCCUGUCAUGUUCUCUUCUUGACUUCUGCAUUGCUCAUCCUAUCUUGCCAUGAAAUUACGGGCACCCAUCUCAGACACUUGGGCUCAUAAAUGAGAAACUUAUUUCCAUGCUGCUUAGCAUCAAGCUCUGAUCCAUAUAGUAAUAAUGCAGAUAGCAUUUCUGCCUCAAAUGUCCCUUUACACUCAGACUAAUCUAAGCAAUGCCAGCACAGCCCAUUUAAAUAUACUUCUAAAUGGUCAGUGUCUGAAAUAAGACAACCUCCCAGUCGACCUGUGUGUGACAUUGGGCAGAUCUGAUAUUUCACAACCACCUGAAGAAGACAGCCAAAACCGGAAUGAUGAACAACCUCAGGAAACUAGUCGGCUCAACCUAUAGACGAUUCGCACAACUGUUAUCACCCUUUGGUAGUCAACUGCCAAGUAUUGGACACAAACCUGGUUGACAUCCAACUGCAUUCAAUCGUGUGCACACCCAGGGAUGCUAAGUGCUGAGCAGUAUCACUUCCCAUUACAAUUACGACUGUCAUUACAAUUGUCAUGAGGCAAAGGCCAAGAUUUGUGAAAAUACUGUACGCAAGUCUCACAAUACACCUGGCCAUAGUCGACCCUCCAUGAGGCCGCUUGUCACUGCGGUGCCCGUAAGGUCCAAAAUGCCACACCGAGACUCGGCGGUGGCAUCAAUUGCCAACUCCACUGUAUUCCUGACUGCAAACUGGCAUGUUGAUUAUGGGCUCUUUUCAACAGGUUCUGUACCACCAGGGUAUGUGUGCAACCAACCUGACAACCCACUCUGGAUGUGGUCAGCGUCAGACUGACGAGUACCGCCUUACUCGACUUAACAGUGGUCUCAGCCCCCCACACUGCUGAUGAAGCGGGUAUCUUCUGGCUUCAGCAUAAUGAGCGUACGAUAAUAGAUACUCGUCCAAAGUGGUUUUCAUAUUUGUAAAAAAACCUGGCCUACUAAAGCAAUAUGCCUACGUUGCAUUAUGGACAUAACUGCCGAAAUAGUCAUCUCCCAGUCUUUUGCUACCAUAACUUGUGAACCUACCACAGGAGCCUCAUUUCUUACUACUGCCAUUAACUGUCUCAGGAAAGUUUAUCUUCAGACCCCAAUGUCCAGCCUCUGGCUAAUGUCAUCAACAGCCGUAUGGCUUCAGCCAACAAACCUUCAUCUGCAUACAAAAAGCCCCGUACAUGCAUCUUCGUCCUUUUAUUUACUCCUGGGGUUUCUCCUGUGCUGAUUCCAUGGAUGAUCAUGAAUACAUACUAAAGCACAACAUUAAAUGAAGUGCUAAACAAUACAACCCUGACAUACCUGCCCCGAUAUGAAAUCAUGAUGUCUAUACUUUGUCUACACAGGCACGUUUUUAAUCAGCUAACUUAUUCACACCUCGCUUCACAAAAUCAUUGGCUUGUUUAAGGUCUACAAGAAAAUCGAAAAUUCCCCCCUACUCCCAAUUCUUCUUCAUCAGCUGUUUUACCUUAAAUAACUGAGCAUAACAAACCCUCUGAUUUAAAUCAAGACUGAUUUUCCCUUAAGGAUUAUUCUGGUUUUUUUAUUCAAUUUGGCAACAUUCUGGUAAAUGCCAUAAUUGGAAUGCUCAAUAUACUUAUUCCUUAGAGUUACUGUACUCCAUAUCCCCCUUUGCAGUGCUAUGAUUAUUGCCUUUUCCAGUCCUGUGGCAGCUGUUUCCUAUUUCAGGAAGCUUUGAUUAUCUUGUGCAACUUCAACAUGCUUUCACCCCCUUUCAGCAUUUAUGGAGUAAUACCAAAUUCCUGCUGUCUUUCCUUUUUUCAUCUGCUUCACUGUUUUUGCCUGACAAGACAUUUCUAAACGAGAGAAGUGAAUGUUUAGUAAACAUAAGGGCUUCUAUUGUAACUUAUGUGCCUAAAGCAGACCACAGUCAUGUCUCCUUUUGGACCAAAUGAUAACCAAUAAUGUAUUUCUGGAAACAGUUGACAAAAUUACACAAUGCUGUAAUAUUAAAUCAAGAUAACGUGACGAUUAGCAUGCUUGGCUAUGUACGGUGCAAUAGAAGUUCAUACACAUUUAUACACAAGUAUAGUUUUGUAAUAUUUUGUACUUUGCCAAUAACGUUUGUCGAUAGUUUUAUUAUAUGUGAGAUAUAUAUGAGUGUGUACAUGUGUGGAAAGUUAAAUAUCUCAGGUCCGAGUUGAAAUAUUGACCAAAUAUUUUUGUUAAACUAGUGAUUUUUUUGGGUAGGUUUUGCAUGUACAGCAGAACUCUAUUAAUCCGUCUUGAUAUGGGGACCAUAUCACUUAACCUAUAAUGCGUGGGACACUGCAGAGGUUAGUCCCAUAAUCUAACAUUUUUUUGAGGAAUUGGCCGCUGUUAAUCCACGUGGCUUACAAGGAAACGGGUCGCUUGACUCACCGCACCAUCAAUCCGGGAUAUAUUUCUAGAUUAUGCGGUUACGAUUGUUUUCAACACCCAAAUGGAGCAAAUCUGCUAUAUGGGUCAAGCGUAUUUUCUUUGUCGCAUUUUUUAGGCUUCGAUAUUCCGUAAAAAUCAGAUGCCAACAGUUUUUCUAUACUGACAGCUUGUCUGUGCUGAUGCAAAACCCAAAAAUCUUUUGCGAAAAAUAUUAUAUUCCACCAACAUUUCUGUCUGCAACUCUGCGUUUAUUUCUGCAGCACCUUUUUGUCUAAUUGCAGUUCCCACGUGUUUCUAUCUGCAGUAAUACAGCUCUGCGUUUCUGCAACUAAGCUUUUCAAACACUGGAGUGUGCACUUCAUUUAUUUCGCAAUGCAAUGAUUUGCGGAUUCCGCAGCUUAUGAUUAUGGGAGUAGUCACGAACUGCGGGUAAUCCGCAAAAUACUGAUUCACGGAUUAUCAAAGUGCUGUAUAGUACUAUAUUACAUUUUUACAAAGAGCAAAGUUUAAUGAGCAUCCUUUGUAAAUAUAAUACUUCGUCAACAUGUGACAUGAAGUUUAAGUUAACCCUACUUAGGAAAAAGCAGACUACAUAUCAGCUAAUACAUGUAUUUGGUUGCAGUGCAAGAAACGUAAGAAGUUAAUUAUGGAGUAAACUCCAAACACAUAACUGCCCCAUCUUAACCUUUUAUUGUAAGUGUAUUACAGUAAUUGUGUUUGUGACUCAUUUAUCCUCGUUAUAAUUUCGCCUUAGUAAAAUAUAUAUUGCUUUGACAGUGCUUUUGCUUGUAUGAAGUUUGUUAAAAUGGUUUUAACAAUCAUGUUUGUUGACUUAAAUGUAAAUCAAUGUACUGUAUGUCAAGUAAAGUUAAAUAAAGGACACAUUUACACUUUGAAA